CCUGAAGGGAUGGAGAACUCGUCAGUGGCAUCAGCCUCUUCAGAGGCAGGGAGCAGCCGCUCUCAGGAGAUUGAGGAGCUGGAGCGUUUCAUCGACAGCUAUGUCCUGGAGUACCAGGUCCAGGGGCUGCUGACGGAUAAAAUAGAAGGGGAUGGCGAGAGCGAGAAGACACAGUCCCACAUCUCACAGUGGACAACAGAUUGUAACGAGCAGCUUGAUGGCAGCUGUUCCCCAUUCCGAAGGAAGGGCUCAUUGUCUCACGAACAUAACCAGAAUGGCAACAAGGAGAGCUCCCUUGACAUGCUGGGCACGGACAUCUGGGCUGCCAACAACUUUGACUCCUUCAGUGGUGCGACAUGGGAUUUACAGCCUGAAAAACUAGAUUUCAGCCAGUUUCACAGGAAGCUGCGAAACACCUCCAAACACCCAUUGCCUCACAUAGACAGAGAAGGGCUUGGAAAAGGGAAAUAUGAGGAUGGUGGCAGCAUCAACUUGAAUGACAUAGAGAAGGUCCUUCCAGUAUGCCAGAGUUACCAUCCGUUGCCUCAUGAAGAUGAAAUCGCACACACCAAAAAACUGUUCAGAAGGAGGAGAAAUGACCGGAAGCGGCAGCAGAAACUUCCUGCUGUGAACAAGUCUCAGCAGCACGCAGAUCAUCAGCAAGGUGGCACCAAACACAGCAGGGACCACCAGAAACUCUACCAAGGAGGCCAGGCCCCCCACUCCUCAGGCAGGACGGGCCACCACGGCUACAGCCAGAACCGGAGAUGGCACUACAACCAGAAGCAUUCACCCAACAAGAAAGAAAUGCACAGAAACGCCAAAGAGACUGAUAAUUUGAAAAUCGAGGACACUUCCAUCUGCACAGUCCAUAUUCCUGUGGAAACGCAGCAGGGCCCAGAGGCUGUGGAGAAGCAGUUUCAGCAGUACAUCCAGGAGUCGGAGACCAAGCAGAAAGAUAAUAUUCACGAGUGCUUUGGGGAAAGACACAAGAUCAAUUUGCUUCAGUCUUCCAAAGACAGGCUGCAGAAGAGACUAAAAGAAAAGGACAAAGUCACAGUGGAAACUGCCAAUCUUGGAAAGAACAAAAUGGACAAAUUAAUUGAAAUCCUCAACAGCAUGAAGAACAACAGCAACGAUGUUGACUCCAAGCUCACCACCUUCAUGGAGGAAGCCCAGAACUCUACCAACUCUGAGGAGAUGCUGGGGGAGAUAGUCAAGACCAUCUACCAGAAAGCGGUGACGGAUCGCAGCUUUGCUUCCACGGCAGCCAAGCUCUGUGACAAAAUGGCCCUCUUCAUGGUGGAAGGAACCAAAUUCCGGAGUCUGCUCCUCAACAUGUUGCAGAAGGAUUUCACCAUGCGGGAGGAGUUGCAGCAGCGGGACGUGGAGCACUGGCUGGGGUUCAUCACCUUUCUCUGCGAAGUCUUUGGCACCAUGAGGAGCAGCACCGGAGAGCCCUUUCGAGUCCUUGUCUGCCCCAUUUAUACCUGCCUCAGGGAGUUGUUGCAAUCUCAGGAUGUGAAGGAAGACGCUGUGCUUUGCUGCUCCAUGGAGCUGCAGAGCACCGGUCGGCUGCUGGAAGAGCAGCUGCCUGAGAUGAUGACAGAGCUGUUGGCAAUAGCACGUGACAAGAUGCUGUGUCCCUCCGAGUCCAUGCUGACGCGCUCCCUGCUGCUGGAGGUCAUCGAGCUGCAUGCCAACAACUGGAACCCGCUGACGCCCACCAUCACGCAGUACUACAACAAGACCAUCCAAAAACUGACGGCUUGAGGA